AUGCGCUUCUUUUCAACUGUAGCAGCCACUCUGGCGGUUGCCCAAAGUGCUUUCGCUACCCCCCAUAACGACCACAGCAAACCAUGGCAUCGCGGCAAGAUCUCGCCCAGAGUGUUGAUUAUUAGUCUGUUCUCCCCCGAAGCCGACGUUUGGUACAAAAACCUGCCCAGCAGCGGCCUUGGCGACCUGAUGGACGUCAACGUCACCGCACCCGGCUUGUCCAUGCUCUUCCCGCACGUGCACUGCGUGGCCGACGGCAGCAUCUGCCAGAUGACGACGGGGGAGUCUGAGAUCAACGCGGCGACCAGUGUCAUGGCGGCCGCCCUGUCAGGCAAGUUCGACUUGAAAGAGACGUAUUUCCUGAUCGCAGGCAUUGCAGGCAUUAACCCAAAGUACGGCACGCUCGGUGGCGUCGCAUUCGCUAAGUACACGGUGCAGGUGGCGCUGCAGUACGAGUUUGACGCGCGCGAGAUGCCGGCCAACUGGUCGACGGGCUACUUUGGCUACGGCACCAAUGCACCCAAUGUCUACCCGGGCAACGCCUACGGCACCGAAGUACUCGAACUCAGCGAGACUCUGCGCGACCUUGCCGUCGGCUUCGCCAGCAAGGCCAAUCUCAGUAACGACCCGACUGCCACGGCCUACGGACAGCUGUACAAGGCCGCGCAGCCCGCCAGCCUGUACGCACCUGCCUCGCAGCCACCUUCAGUCGUCAAGUGCGAUACCGUGACGAGCGACGUCUACUUUUCGGGCACGGUGCUGGGCAACGCCUUUGAGGAGGUCACAAAGGUCUGGACCAACGGCACCGGCGAGUACUGCAUGACGGCCCAGGAAGACAGCGCAGUGCUCGAGGUGCUGGUACGUCUGGCCAUUGAGGGCCUGGUCGAUUUCAGCCGCGCCAUCCUCAUGCGCACUGGCUCCGACUUUGACCGCCCGCCACCCAACGAAACGGCCUUUGACAACCUGCGCAUCGCCGACCAGAACGGCUUCGAGAUCGCCAUUGACAACAUCUACCUAGCCGGCGUUGAGAUUGUACGCGGCAUCCUUGACGGCUGGCACUCCACCUUCCGCAAGGGCGUCAAGCCCGCCAACUACAUUGGCGAUAUCUUUGGCAGUCUGGGCGGCGAGCCAGACUUUGGCCCCGGUAGCACCACCGACGGCGCGGGCUACAGGCCGAAUGGCCUAUCAGGCGACAAUAUGCGCAGGCGCAGUUUCAGCAGUGGCAUGGGCCGCAAGGCCGGUUAUGCCAGGCGCUCGGACGUCGGUCUGAACUGA